AUGGGCAACAUACUGGAACAGCUGGAUGCCCAGCUGGCUUCCCUUCUGUAUGACUGGAGCUUCUCGACCACCCUCAUAGCAUUGAUAAUCGCAGCAUUCGUGGCCUACCCCAUCUUCUACCCUUCGGAACCUGAUACGCAUCCUCUUCUGCUCGCCCGCCAGUCGGCAAUCGGCUCCGUACGGAACAAGAAUGAGAGCGCGGUCUACAGGUCACCCGAAGUACCUGCAGACACGCCCUUGAGGUCUGGUCUUGGAGUCAAAGAUGCUUCGGCACCGAGAUGGUCGGCGGGCAAGGACGGCGACUUGAGGGAUGUAUGGCGUGAGGUCAUGAAGGGUGGGAAGAAUGAUGUUGCGAAGGGAAGCAUCAUGACUGUGCUGGGGAAGGAGGAGCUGGUGGAACAUGAUGUUGAGCAGUUGAACCAGGAGAUUGCUGUCAUGGGAAAGCACAUGAAGGAAGCUGGGGUUAAGAAGGUUGCGGUAUAUCUGCCAAACUGUGCUGAGUAUCUGAUGACUGUGUUCGCCUGCUCAUUCUACGGUCUCACACCUGUACUCCUGCCGUACAACCUUCCUCAUCCGAAGAUCAUUGAGCUUCUCAAAUCGACUUCAGCAGACGGCUUGAUAUGCGCCGCUGGGAACCUGCCGUUGGAGGAUGUAGCGGAGCAGUGUCAGAACCUCCGCCUCCUAACAUGGGUCGUAGAGAAGACCAGCAGACACAUGGACUGGAACGGAGUGCCCUCCUUUGCCGAGAAACGCCUCCAAGUCAGCGUAUGGCACGACGUCGUCGAAGAAAACACCUCCACCGCACCUCAACUACCCUCCAACGACGACGUCCCUACUCCAGCCGACAUAACCAUCGUCCAACAAAACCUCAUCGACCUCUCCCAACCCCCUCAAACAACAACCUUCACCCAUCGCAACCUCGCCUCCGCCACCGCAGCCCUCAUCUCCGCCCUCCCUUCCCGCCAACGCCUCAACGCCGCCGAUCUCGUCCUCCCCGCCUCCAGCUUCAGCGUCCCCUACGUCCUCUGCCAAACCCUCGCGACCCUCUACACCCACGCCUCCCUCGCCAUCACCUCAGUCGCCGAACCAGGCGUCGAUCUCGCCCUCGCAACCCGCGGCGUCGCUCCCACCGUCGUCAUCGCCUCCGCCGAGACCCUCGCAAAACUCCACGCGCAAGAAAACGAAACCGCCAAGGGCCUCCUGCACAGCCUAGCGAAAUACACAUCCACCCAAUCCCUCGCCUCCGGCCGCAUGCCCGACGGCAACAGCCUCCUCUUCCGCCUCCUCUCCCCGAGCAAAACGGCUUCGCAACCCGGCAAACUCCGCCUCAUCCUCACCUCCGAGCGUCUUGGCGGCGGCAGUCCACCACUAAGCGCAGCGAUGCUCUCCGACCUACGGAUUUUCACUCGGGCAAGAAUUUGCUACGCGCUCACUUCCCCCUUCGUGGCGGGCGCGGUGGCGCAGACGCAUGUCUUUGACUAUAGAGUCCGGGAAGGGCAGGCGGGGAGUCGGUAUAGUCAUUUCGGGCUUCCAUUGAGUUCGGUGGAGAUUAAGUUGGUGAAUAAAGAGGACAGGGAGGUUGAGGGUACCGGGCCGAGGGGGGAGAUUGUGGUUAAAGGGCCCGCGGUGGCGGGGGAGGGGAAGGAGGCGGAGGUGAAUAUUGGCGUAGGGGGGAGGUUUGGGGUGGAUGGGUGUUUGGAGCUUGUGUAG